CGACAGAAUGUAAACAAAUAAUUUAUAUCAGUUUGUAUCAAACGAUUAAUAUUUGUCGAAUUGUUCUAAUUUCGUGGUAACUGAGAGCGUUCACGUUCUAAUUUUAUAAAUAAUAAUUCGACAAGAUGACAAAAGAACGGAGGAAAAAAGACGAUAAAAAGUUGACGAGAGCAUCUACUAAAUUUCGUCUUUAUCUAAAUAUCGACGCUACGGACGAAAGAUUCGAGAUAAAAAAUGUUUCGGCCGACACAAAAAUAAACGAGCUGAAGGUUCAGGUGGAACUUGUAGCAGGAAUUCCUUAUUUGUUACAACGACUACACUACUUGGACAACACAGAUUUGGUCGACUCGUCUGAUUUGAAGGAGAACGAUAUCGUUUCCGGUGGGACAAUUCAGUUACGCUCGUGGAAAAUAUGGGAGAAAUUAAUUAACGUUGUAGUGAAAGGCAGUUUGGAUGAUCUACUGGCAUUGGGAUUGACAAUGGAUAAAUCAUGGCUGAAUUUGGACAAAGCUUAUUACAAGCAUAAAGUUGAGACGGCGAAAGAAAAAUUGCAAACUGCUUUAUUUAUUGCAGCACAUCGAAGUAAAAUCGAUUUGGUUCGUGUUCUUUUGAAUCUUGGAGCAGAUGUCAAUCAUCAAACAUCCAUGGGUCGUACAGCGUUGCACAUGGCUGCUUCUCAAGGAAACUCCAAAUGCAUUGACUUGAUGUUAGAGAGAGGGGCCUCUAUUGAGGUUUUUGAUGUGAAUGGAAAGAAUCCCGUCAACAUUGCAAAUAUGUGGGGCGAGAAAGAUAGCAAAAGACAUUUAUUUUUAAAUCAAUGGCAAACUCGUGCAGCUAGGGUUAAUCCAAGAAAGAGCCGUUCCUUGAUGAUGCAUCAAAGAUACGAUUCGACCAUACCUUCCUGGCUUAGAGGGGAAUAUGGACAGAUAUAUCAUGGCAGUAUUAUACCACCAGGUGAAUAUUCCGGAAGUACUCUCAGUUCACCUCUAAGAAAGCCUCCAAAACCAAGAGGGAUGUGUAGGGAUAGAGAUGAAGGAAGAAGGAUCAACAGUUCUCAAGGUCAGACUAAAUUUGAGUCCUUGUUUGAUGACUUCCAUCAAGAAGAGGGGAAUCCAGAAUUAGUUCUUGAACAAGGAGGAAGACAUUUCCGUGGGGAAAGCAUUCUGUCAACUGACACAAUGAUAACAAUCCCGCAAAGAAACAAUUCAAAAAUCACAGGUAACGAUGGCUCAAGAUAUUGCAAGGGAGGAUUUUACAUAAAUACUAUAGUAAGAUCAAGAAAACAAAACGACGUCAAAAAAUCUACCGCGCCUUCUUUGCAAAUAACAGAAAAUGUUUUAAGAAAAGGCCGCGUUAAGACCUUACCCAAAGUUUGCGUAGAAGACAAAAAUGCCUGUGAAAACUCAGGAGUAAAUAUCACAUGCGUAGCUGCAAAACCUGACUCCACCUGCCUUAAUGAUGUCGUUAAUGGUGACGCAGACAUAUUUUUAGCUGUUGCUAAUGAAAUGGUAGCGAAAGUCGAUGAUCUCCAAAUUGUCUAUGGACACAAAGUUGAUGGCGUUGAUGAUCCUUUCAUUCAAUACUACGGCUUGGCUGUCGUACAAAAAGAUGCUCCAUUCAACUUCAAGACGCUAAAGGGGAAAAACUCGUGCCACACCGGAUGCCGUAUAAGAAUAAUCAGUAUGAAUCAGUCUCCGAUUUCUUUGCGAAGAGUUGUGCACCUGGUAGUAAUAGCGUCCCAAACAUCAGCGAUAAAGUGAAGGAAGGUCUCUGUUCUCUGUGCAAGGGCACAUGCAGAAAAGACAAUACUGAACCUUACCAAAACUAUGAGGGUGCUUUCAAAUGUAUGGCCGAAGGAAAGAACGAUCGCGUUGGUUUUGUUAAACAAACGACGGCAGAUUUGGUCCUGAAACAGAAUAAAAAUACGGUAACAAAGUGACUACCAACUUCUCUGUCGUAAUGGAACGAAAGCAGAGUUGGAUGAAUAUAAGGAUUGCAACAUCGGUAAACGACCAUCCUCCGCGAUUGUUACUGGCAAAAUUCGUCAGCUGAAUUGAUCAAUAAAAUACAAAACUGUUGGAAGGAGCAAAUUUGACAAAGUUGCAAGAUGCUGGCAUAGCAAGCGAGAAAGCUGUUUUGAAAAGUUCAAAUCAAGAUCUGUAAAAGAAUAUGUUGGAGUUUAUGCAAAUUUCAUUAAUGCUCUAAAUCCUCCCUCGACAAGACCUCUUAAACCAACAGCAAGUGCAACAUCCAUCUUCCUGUUUCACCUGCCAGUGGCUACCAUUUUUGCUUUCAUUUUUCAUGUUUUUAUUACAGCCCAGUAAAUUUGAAGUAACAAUCUUUUCAUAGAUUUAGUAUUGUAAUAAGUAAGAAGACAGUUUUUUUCGGCGUGCGAUUUCAAUGUAUUAUGAUUUUUUAAAAUAGUUAAAGAAUUGCAAGCGUAAAUUAUAUGCAAUAAGCUGAGUUUUCCUCAUUUCAUAGUAGUUAACGUAUGUAUUGAGCAUUUUUCUUUAAUAAAGCCCAGUACAAAAACA